UGCAAGGCACUGUAUUCAUGUCACAUUCUCAUUGGGGGCUGAGCACCCUAGGUCUGAUCCUAGAAUCGCCCCUGAGAUUAAAACAUCUGUAAGAUAUGUGGACACACAGUAAGAUACACAUGUGUUUCACGUGGCCUUCCAUACCUACCAUUAUGGGAUGAGACGGUAUGAAGGGAAAAAAAAGUUAUCUGUGUCGCAUGAGCGCUCUCAACGGCUUUUCUGUUCGUGACAUUUUGACUGACCAACACGGCACGGACUUACGCAGGAACGGAUCGUUCUCUGAUUGGCUGAACCAAUGCUACGUGUACUUUCGACAGAAACAGAGCUGUUCAGGCUGUGAGGAGGAGGAAGAAGAGGAGAGAAGGAUGAAGUCCAAAGGGAAGCUCAACAAGUCUUCCAGAAAAUCCUGGAACGGCCCAGAACCAGAGACCGAGCCGGGCUCCAGUGAGCAGGAGGACUCGGAGGCCUCAGUCCGGGGCUCCUGGAGGGGGUCCCUGAGGAGCGGAGACCGUGAGCGAGGCGGAGGAGGCACAAGCAUGGCCUCCCACCGACACCGCCGGCAACACGCCAGCAAGAAAGAAGGCAACGUCCGUCGCCUGGAAAGCAACGAGCGGGAGCGCCAGCGCAUGCACAAACUCAACAACGCCUUCCAGGCCCUGCGCGAGGCCAUCCCACAUGUCAAGAUGGACAAGAAGCUGUCCAAGAUUGAGACUCUCACGCUGGCCCAAAACUACAUCCAGGCCCUGACCACCAUCAUCCUGGGGAUGUCUGGGGGCCGCCUGCCCAGUGGAGAGACCCCGUCGGAGGCAAGCGCCACCAGACUGCUUCAGCGCUACCAGAAACACCUGGAGGAGGAGGGGGAGGACAGCCUGAGCGAGUACCUCACACAAAUCCACACGUUCAACCAGGGCAGUUAA